AUGAUAAUUAUUAUUGCCACAUUGAUUUUAUAAUCCAUUAUACUAGCAAUUUAUAAUGGAGUUACUGAAGAAACAGAUAAUUACUAUUUGUUAAUGGAUUUACUAUUGGUAUUUGGAUGUUUUGGAUAGAAAAUAUUAUUGGUUUUGCUUAUAGGAAGUGUGUGUCUAUCAUAUGAAUUGUUAAACUUGGAUAAAGAUGUAAAAACCAUUUUCUAAAUUAGACCUUAGGCUUCUAUAUAAGUGCUAGACUCUUAUUGAGUGCUUUCAUCUUACUCGACACAUCAAAAGUAAUUUAUUUUGUGUUUUGCCUCUUCUACUUCCUUUUUAGGACUCAUUUUUACUCAUAACCGUUGGCAUAUCUAACCAUAUUCGGAUAUUUGAUCUUGAUCAUUCGAAGUAGUAAUUUGAAUUUAUAAAUAGCUAUGUAUAUAAAACACAAAACACCCAACAUUGAAAAACUACAGAUUGAUCAAAUUUUUGAUUUCUUUUAGGAAUCCCUUCCUAUAUCUGUUUGCAUUAUACAAGACGAGUGUAUGAUAUGAAUUUAAUGCUAGAAUACAAGUUCAUGACCAAUUAAUUUAAAAUUGAUUAUUAUGGACUUACACCUUAGAUAAUCAAAAACAUUACAUCUAAAUCCAAUAAGGAAUGUCUGGGGACUUACUUAAACAAAAAAAAGUUUUUAAAAAAAAGAUAAUAUUAAUAUCACAGUAAAAAGCGAUUUGAGCAUUGCACCCUUGAAUCCUUCACUCCAACUCUGUAGGAAAAAGAAUAAAUUAAGAAUUACUUCCCUGCUGAUAUCGACGUCCUCGAAGUAAUUUGGGAACAAUAACCAGCCAUUAUGCUGAUUUUCUAGUCCCAAUCUGAAAAACAAUAGCAAUAAUAAAUUGAAGAAUUAAAAUUGAGAGAUUAAUACAAAGACGAUCUCUUAGUAAGUGUGUCACAUGACUUCAAGACUCCCAUCAACGGAAUUGUAGCCAUUGUGUAAUAUUUGGAAUAGUAAUUAUAUUGUAAUAAUUUCCUUAGAAUAGUUGUCGAUCAAAUUGAAAUUCAUUAUUUAAUCAUACUAAAAAAGUGGGCUCAAUUAUUAUUGUACAUGAUCAGUGAUAUCUUGGACUUCUCCAGAAUUCAAAAGAACACUCUAAGAUUGACUAAUACAACCUUCUACAUUCAAGCCAUCGUCUAAGAAAUAAUCGAUUUGGUUUCUUUGUAAGCCAAUCAGAAGGGCAUCGUUGUCUAGAAGAAUAUCACUUUUGGAGACAGAUUGAUGUAUUCUGAUCCCAAUCGGAUCAAAUAAAUUUUAUUAAAUCUUUUAAGUAAUUCUCUAAAAUUUACAGAAAAGGGUAAAAUAGAUAUUGUUGUUGAUUAUAAGUAUAGUGAGAUUGAAAAUUAGUAAGUCAGGCUCAUCACAAUAAGUGUUUCAGACACUGGAGUGGGUAUUCCUGAUAAUAUUAAACCUAAGUUAUUUUAAAUGUAUGGAACAUUUGAUUUCACCAAUAAUGGUUCAAAUAAACAUGGCAUAGGUUUGGGAUUAGUUAUUUGCAAAAAAUUGGUUGGCUUGUUGGGGCCAACGGAUAACAUUGAAUUGAUAAGUCAAGUUGGAAUUGGUUCUAAAUUUAGUUUUGAUGUUUAUAUUAAUAAUGAUUAAAGAAAUCUGACUACCAUUACCAAUUCCAAAGAAAUGACCACCUUUUAUAAAUAAGAUACUAAAUAGAUAUCCUAUGAUCAAAACUCUGCUAAUUAGUUGUUAACAUCACAAUUUACUAUUUUCAAUUAAUCUCUUUUAGCACCUUCUUUGCAAAAUCAAAAAAAAUUAAACAAAAAAAGCAUUUCAACUCUUUAAGAAAUUCAAGAUAAAAAACUAUCCAACUCUAUUUACCAAUUAAGAAAGGUUUAGAGAAAGAAAACUUAAAAAAAGUCAUUGAUAAAACGAGAAAAUCAGGGUGGCUUAUAUAAUUUAUGUAACUUAUGCAGUGUUGAAGACUCUGAUCACUCUAAGUCAAAGAAUAUAGAAUAAUAUCUUGAAUUAAGUAGUGAAAUAACAAAUGCUAAAUAAAUUUAAAAAGCCCAUAAAUAAGUAGAUAAUAAUAGUCCUUUGAAUACACCAGGAUAUCAUAUUGAUAGUACGGAGUCACCAGCAAUCUAAAAUAGAUAAAGAAAACCCUUACAGAUAAAAGAAUCUAUUGAUGAAAUGAUGAGAAUGCUAUUUCCAGAGCCUUGUACUAUUUUAGUUGUCGACGAUUCACCUGUGAAUGUGAUCGCAUUUAGAUUGAUUCUAACAAAAUAUGAUUUUAUCACAGUUGAAGAAGCUUAUAAUGGAGAAUAAGCGAUUCAAAAGAUUAAAUUGCGUAUGAUGAAUGAACUAAGAUAUCAAUAUAUAUUUAUGGAUUUGACGAUGCCUAUAAUGAAUGGAUAUGAAGCAACAGAGCAGAUUCGAUUGUUGGUAUUCAUAUUAUAUAAUCAAGUAUAGGAAAGCAACAAUCUCCUUCCUAAAAGCUAUAUCAUUGCGUUGACUGGAUAUGACGAUUUAAAAGAAAAAGAGAAAUGCUAAUAGAAAGGGUUUGAUGCUUUUGUAUCAAAGCCAAUCAAGAUUAUAGAUAUAAUCUCUGUAAUUAAUGAAGUCAAAAAUUCAAAGGAACCAUAAAUUUGA